AUGCCCGUUCCUAGCGCCACCACCGAUGGAUGUAUGCACCAUCCGCAAAAGCCCCGACGGACCAAAUACCGGGGAACUUACCCGAUCUCAAGGGAAGACAAGGUUAAGUUGGACCUGUGGAUGAGCACUCACUACGAAGCUCUACCAGAGCCCUCUUCCAACGAGGCAGAGGAAAUGGGGGUUGUCCCUUCGUUUCCUUACAAGGAUGUACAGAUCUAUGGCGAUACAGCUGAUAGUAUGGCAUUGUAUUUUCGUGGCGUUUGGGGUUGCUUGCUUACUCCGAAGAAUGUCAGUGACCUGGCAGAUACGCCUGGCAUUCGUUAUCAUGUCUGGGUUGCCACUAAGAAAGUGCUUGACAAAUUUCCAAAAGGUUCAGAAACGUUUCAUGUAAGGCUCGUCCUUCGACAAUUCCUUUUUGAACUCGGCCUGGCCAUGUUAGGUUCAGUUAAGGGCCCCGUGGUGAUCUUCAUAGAUUCGCGCAUUCACGACAGCAAGGUUGCUAUGGUGGAUGAAACUCGUGCCCUUGUUGACCUUUUUGACCAUGCUGAUGUCCGACGAUGGAGAGUUGUCAUCACGCUGCCAGCGACAGAGGAUGGUAUCCGCGCCGCACACGAACUCACUAACAAAUACUCAAUAGGUAUACAUCUCUCAAUGGUGACCUCCCUUACACAUGCUUGCGCCUGUAUCGAAGCCGGGGCAACUAUGCUGAGUAUGAAUGUCGCUCCAAUCAUGACAUGGUUCGAGAAGAAAGAUGUAGGCGAAGUCGAAUACCCAAUUACUCCCGGCCACCCUGGCAUUAAGACGAUCCAAUCAUGCAUCAAUUACAUCCGCCAAAACUCUUUGAACACUUCUUUGCUAGUAACUGACAUUCGGGAUUGGGACGAACUGAACCAAUUGGAUGGCGUUGAUGCCGCUGCGCUGAACCAAAAUUUGCUCGAUCAGACGUCCAUGUGUGAGCUUACGACCUGGUCCCCUGAGAUCAUGGAAGACUACGAGCUUUCGCCUGCAUACCGAUAUGCCCGAGAAGCUAAAUUUCCUUCCGACUUCCUGAAACACGAGAGAGGUGUCGGAAUGGCUAUGUCUGCCGAGGCUCGUAGCCUUUUGUCGUCUGUGGUUUACAUCCGCCUUGGGCAAAACAAAGUUUUCAUGGAGAAAAUUGAAGACGUUAUCAGAAAAGAAGUCCGCGAGCGCCUCUACGUGGACGCCUUCGAUCCGUACCACCCCUACUCCAUGGCCGUAAGGAGGAGUCGAUUGGCGGCGAAGACACGUACACGACCAACAGGCGCCGCGACCCCUUCUCUGUAA